GUCAAAAUACAAAAGCCCUUUACCCUAAAAAAAAAUCAGGAGCUCAUUCUCUCUCUCGCCGUUCUUCUUCUUCUUCAAUGUUUCGCCAAUUUUUUUCCUGAUAAACAUCCGUUUCUCUUCUGGAUUACUUUGUUUCAGGAUGGAUAGGGUUUGCAUCUAUAUUGCUUACAAUGGCAAAUGGACUACAGAUAACAAGUAUUUGGAUCAUGAGAUAAAGCUAAUUCUUGUGAAUGAUGGGAUAACAUUUGAAGGUCUUGUCGAGAAGAUUUUUCAGGUUCUGAAACUGAAAGUGGGUGAGAUUAAAGCAAAUAUUUGGUUUGACUCGAAUCUAGACACAAGCAAAGGAAUGCAAGUAACAAACGAUGAGGAAGUUACUACUUGCAUCUACUUGUUGAAAAAUGAUCCAAAUUUCAAAACUUCCCGUUUCAUUGUUGAUAUUGUGGAAAACAAUUCUUUGUCCGUAGUCAAUAUUGUACAACAAGAGGAAAUGCAGAUUGAAAGAGAUGAGACAUCGAUACCAGUUGAGCCUAUAUCAGAGUUUGAACCUCUGGAAACAAAAUCAUCUCAUGGUAUGAAACUGAGAAAAAGGGUCCAGAACAGAAAAGUAUCAAAAAAAAGAAAAAGAUCGAGGAGUAAAAGAGAUGAUUUGUCAGGUGUGAUUUUGAGAGAAGAUGCUUCAUUGGAUGAAAUAGUUGUGGGAUCUUUGUUUGAGAACAAAGAAUGUUUAAAGAAAUGUUUCACAAAUAGCGCAAUCAGAAACCACUUCAAAUUCAAGACCGUCAGGUCAACCAAAAAAAGAUAUUAUCUGAAGUGUUAUGAUGACAAUUGCCGUUGGUUUUUGCAUUCUUCACGGAUCAGUGAUUCUGCAUUAUUCAGGAUUUGUAAGUAUGCGAAAAACCAUACUUGCUCUGCUGAUGUGUUUAAACCUGACCAACAACGGCACGCAACAUCAAGGGUCAUAUCUGAUUACAUCCGUGAGCUUCUACCUGAAUAUGAAACAGAAAUGACACCAAAUUUUGUGAAGGAAGAAAUGAGAAAGAGAUAUGGACUGAACAUUAGUUACCACAAAGCAUGGCGCUCAAUACAACUAGCUUUUGGUGUGAAAAAUGGAAGUCCUGAACAGCAGAACGAAUUGCUGCUGUCUGAACCAGAACAAAACAAUGAAUUACUUCUGUAUGAACCAGAACAGAAAAAUGAAUUGCUUUCGUCUGAACCAGAACAGAACAGUGAAUUGCUUCCGUCUGAACCAGAACAGAACAGUGAAUUGCUUUCGUCUGAACCAGAACAGAACAAUGAAUUGCUUCCAUCUGAAUCAGAACAGAACAAUGAAUUGCUUCCAGGCGAGCUGGAACAGAAGAAAAAAUUGCUUCCCUUUGAACCAGAACAGAACAAUGCAUUGCUUCCGUCUGAACCAGAAGGGAAGAAAGAAUUGCUAUCAUCUGAACCUCAACAGGAAAAUGAAUUGCUUUCGUCUAAACCAGAACAGAACACCGAAUUGUUUCCAUCUGAAGUAACAAACCUCGGAAGGGAUGAUCAAACUCACGCCUGAUAGGGUCUAGCAGAGUGUAGCAUACAGUAUAUUCCUUUCCAAAUCUGGACAACUGCGAGCGGCUAUUGGUCUUAAUGCCAGCUUACUGUGGACACAAUAAUUUACAUCAUAGUUAUUAUGUCACUACGUUGUACAAAGAGAAGUGUAGUGAGUUUAACUUUAUUAGGUUUAUUAUGUUUCCUUUUCAGUAUUAUAGUUCGACAGAUGAUGUUUCUGGUACAUGCCUUCUUUUCCUGUGAACUGCACCUGAAUUUGAUAAAGGGAGUGGCAGAUAAUCGUUCAACUUUUGGACUAAAUUCAAUUGAGAUGGCAAUUGUCAUGAUUCCUUC